AUGAGUUCUUACUUCGUCAAUUCCCUCUUCACUAAAUUUAAAGCGGGUGAUUCUCUGCGCUCCAACUACUAUGAGAGCUCAGGGUAUGCGCAGGAUCUUGGAGGCAGACCAUCUGUGCUGUACGGUCACAAUACAGGAUCUUCUUUUCACCAUACGGCUCAGUUCCCGGAACUCUACCACCACGGUACAUCAUCCUUCUCCCAGCAGAACCCGUGCGCAGGACCGUACCCUGGAGAAGCCACGGGAAACAUCUCAGUGCAGGACACUUUACAGAGACAGUAUUACUUUUGCGCAGCAGAUGCGGAUUUUGCGCAAUUUGGGGAUAGUAGUUUAAAGGUAAACAGUCUCAGGGAUGACUUCGAAAGUGCGGAGCCGUGUACAGCGCAGCUCUACCCAUGGAUGAGACCACAAGCUACCGGCCGGAGAAGGGGACGACAGACCUACAGCCGCUACCAGACGCUGGAACUGGAGAAGGAGUUUCUGUUCAAUCCCUACCUGACCCGCAAGCGGCGCGUCGAAGUGUCUCAUGCGUUGGCCCUCACCGAGAGACAGGUGAAGAUUUGGUUCCAGAACAGGCGCAUGAAGUGGAAAAAAGAACACAACAAAGACAAGUUUCCAAGCUGCAAAGCGGAACAAGAGGAAAUAGAGAGACAAGAGCAAGAGGACAGCCGGGUAUCAGAGAAAAACACAUCAGAAGAAGAGGACUCCUCCGAGAAAGCUUAA